AUGAGCUCAGAGGAGGCUCAAGAGGUCAAUUCGCAGCCACAAAUGGCACAACAUAAGCGAAAUCUCAGGGCUUUUGCAGUGAUUGUUAUCGGAAAAUUGAUCAUGCAGGCCCUUUGGAAAGAGGAAAAGUUGGAUUGGGAUGAUCCGCUUCCGGAACAUAUCAGUUCCCAAUGGAAACAAUUAGCCGAAGGUCUUCCAACCCUUCAGGAGAUCACAGUUCAGCGCCCAAUGUCGACUUUGACGUCUCCCAAGUCCACCGAGUUGCAUGUCUUCUGCGACAGCAGCUCAGUUGCAUACGGUGCCGUGGCUUAUGUGGUCACAGAGGAUGAUAUCCAUGGUCGCCAGUCUCAGAUUCUGAUGGCAAAGUCGCGCAUUGCUCCCACAUCGUCGAUCACCAUCCCCAAAAUGGAAUUGUGUGCCGCAGCUCUAGGCUCUCAGUUGGCCCACAAGAUCAGAAAUGCUCUCUCAGUCACGGAAUAUUUCUUGUGGACAGACUCGACGAUUGUUUUGGGGCAAAUUAGAUCAAACCGCAUUAAAUUUGACGUUUUCACCGCGCAUAGAAUCGCUGAGAUUCUCAGACUGACGGACGUUUCGAAAUGGCAGCACGUACCGGGAGCCUCAAAUCCUGCGGACGUUGUAUCGCGUGGUAUGUUGCCCACAGAAUUGAAAGGUUCAUCUAUAUGGUGGACGGGCCCAGAGUUUUUGUUGGGUAAGGCCGAAAACUGGCCUCAAGACCCGUAUAGUGUCACGCUCAUUGCUUCGUCGACUGCCAUUAUCAAUCAGGUCCCAGAAAGUCACAUCCUUGAUACCAUCCUUGAAAGAUCCAGCAGUUAUCUGCGGAUACAAAGAAUCCUAGCAUACGUGCUAAGAGUCCUGACAGGUUCGCCUAGUCGCAUUAGAGGUCCCAUUACAUCCCAAGAACUCCUAAAAUCAGAGCACAAACUAGUAUCUUUUGCACAAGCUCAACACUUGGCAGAAGUGAGAUCAGCCAUUGCCGAUGGCACCAUGUGGACCAGCAGGAGGUUCGCCCAUGUGCGCCACUUGACUCCCUUCAUUGAUGGAGAGGGAAUCAUCAGAGUGGGUGGCCGACUGGCUCAAUCGCCUGCAAACUACGAUGCCCGCCAUCCAAUUCUUCUGCCCAAGUGUCGCCUCGCCACGAUCAUCGCCACCCACACACACAAGAACAACAUGCACGCGGGACCACAACUGCUUCUGGCCACUCUGCGUCAGAAAUAUUGGCCGCUGGGAGGAAGAAAUCUGACCAGAAACGUCGCUCGCUCAUGUGUUGUGUGCUGGAAAACCAAGCCGAUCCGACAGGAGCAGAGAAUGGGAGAUCUUCCCACGAGUAGGACAGAUCACGUGGCUCCAUUCAAAGUGUGUGGCAUCGAUUUCUGCGGCCCAGUCCUCACGCGUCCUAGCUACAAGAGAGGAGGUACAUCAUAUAAGACGUACAUUUGCGCCUUUGUCUGCUUCACGACGAAAGCCAUUCAACUGGAAGUUGUCGGCAGUCUCUCAUCCGAGGGCUUCGUCGCUGCGCUGCGGAGAUUCGCGGCCAGGAGAGCUGCUCCAAGCGACAUCUUCUGCGAUAAUGCCACCAAUUUUCGCGGAGCCAGCGCAGAGUUGGCAAAGUUCCUGCGAGACAUCCAGUCAUCGCCAGACGUUGUUUUAGAGGCAGCUCCCAAGGGCAUCAAUUGGCACUUCGCGCCACCAAGAUCUCCUCAUCAUGGCGGACUUUAUGAGGCGGCGAUCAAGUCCCUCAAACAUCACUUAGCCAGAGAAGUUGGACAGACUAUUCUCACAUUUGAGGAGUUGAACACCAUCGUAGCACAGAUCGAAGCCAUCCUCAAUAGCAGACCAAUCACGCCACUCUCCGAGGAUCCAAAUGAGAUGUUCGCAUUGACUCCUGGUCACUUUUUAGUGGGACGCCCACUGAACGCGCUCCCGGAUCAGACGCUCACAGAUGUUGCGCCAAAUCGCCUCUCCAGAUGGCAACUUUGCCAGAAGAUUCUGCAGCACUUCGCCCAUCGUUGGAGGAAAGAAUAUCUCCAUCUUCUUCAGAAGAGAGUCAAAUGGACGCAGGAAGCGGACAACUUGAAGAUUGGAGACAUCGUUCUCAUCGGCGACGAUUCAAUGGCCACACAUCAAUGGCCAAUGGGCAUCAUCGAGGAGCUUCAUCCGGGCAGAGAUGGACGAUGCAGAGUCGUCACGAUCAGGACAGCAAGGGGCAAAUACAAAAGGGCAGUUCAGAGACUGUCCAAAUUGCCCAUCGAGGGACUCCCGCCCUCAUCAUCGGCCCCCCCAGGAUGUUGA